GUAGCCGGCAGACAAAAACUUCAUCCUGAUUCCUGCAGCUGUAUGUAACCUCUGCUGGACGGGUUACUGAGCCAGUGGCUGGACACACAUUACAACCCCGAGGACGAGUUUAUAAAUGCUUACUUUAAUAUUAAUUAUUUUGGCUGAAAACUAAAGGAAACAGUGGACCGUUUUCUCUCUCUCUCUCUUUGAUUUGACCUAGAUUAGUUUAGUUUCCAGCUGGAGCCCUUCAUGGUUAGGUCCUUAUAGUUAGCUAAUCCGAGGAGAUAACUAGCUUAAUCCGAGUUUGUUAAUCCGUUCACACUUCUCUUCAGGGACAGGAGGAGGAGGAGUGUAUUGGUCCAACGUCAGUCAAGAGCUCAACAAGUAUCUAACCAAAAGUUUAAAAUUCACUAGCUAGUAAAUUGGACAUUGUUAGGACCGAAUGGGAACUUAAUGAGCGGCUGGAAGUAUGCGGAGCUCCUCGGGGCUUGAAACUUCAACCCGACUCCGCACCAAAGCAAAGGAAGCGACACCAUGGCAGUCUGCGGAAGGAGGAAUCGACCCAAGUUACUUUUCUGCCUCUUCGGCGUCACUUUGGUGGGAUACGUCGUCUUUUUCAGACACAACUCCGGAGACGUGAGCGCGACGAAUCGGCGAGAGGCCCCCGGGGAGCGAGAGGUGGACAACGAACAGCUCAAGAGACCCGUCUACGAGAGGCCCCCCUUGGAUUUAAAUGCCCCCGGUGAAAUGGGGAGAGCCGUCAAACUGAAUCUGAACGGAGAGGAGAAGAGGAACGAGGAGGAGAGCAUUAAAAAGCAUCAGAUCAACACUUAUGUCAGUGAUAAAGUGUCACUGCACCGCAGGCUGCCAGAGAGAUGGAACCCACUUUGCAGAGAGCUGAAGUACGACUACCGGUCCCUGCCCACGACCUCUGUGGUCAUUGCCUUUUACAACGAGGCCUGGUCCACCCUGCUGAGGACGGUCCACAGCGUGCUGGAGACGUCGCCUGACAUCCUGCUGAAGGAGGUGGUGCUGGUGGAUGACUAUAGCGACAGAGCGCAUCUGAAGGAGCCAUUAGAGACGUACAUCUCGGGUUUGAGGAAGGUGCGUCUGAUCCGGGCCACCAAGAGGGAGGGGUUGGUGCGGGCCCGGUUGCUAGGGGCGUCCAUUACUACGGGUGAUGUGCUGACCUUCCUGGACUGUCACUGCGAGUGUCAUGAGGGCUGGUUGGAGCCCCUCCUCCACAGGAUCAAAGAGGAGCCAUCGGCUGUCGUCUGCCCUGUCAUCGAUGUGAUCGACUGGAACACCUUCCAGUAUUUAGGGAACUCUGGUGAACCUCAGAUUGGGGGGUUUGAUUGGCGCUUGGUGUUCACCUGGCACUCUGUCCCAGAUUAUGAGCAGAAACGCCGUCGCUCGUCCACUGAUGUCAUCAGGUCUCCUACUAUGGCAGGGGGCCUGUUUGCUGUGAGCAAGAACUACUUCCAUUACCUGGGGACAUACGACACAGGGAUGGAGGUGUGGGGAGGAGAGAACCUGGAAUUCUCCUUCAGGAUUUGGCAGUGUGGGGGCAGCCUUGAGGUCCACCCGUGCUCCCAUGUGGGUCAUGUGUUCCCUAAAAAGGCCCCUUACUCACGGAGCAAAGCUCUAGCAAACAGCGUGAGAGCUGCCGAGGUCUGGAUGGAUGAAUACAAAGAGGUCUACUACCAUCGAAACCCCCACGCACGACUGGAGGCCUAUGGAGACGUGACAGAGCGGCGGAAGCUCAGAGAGAAGCUGGGCUGCAAGAACUUCAGGUGGUAUCUGGAUAAUGUUUACCCCGACAUUCACGUCCCAGAGGAUAAGCCAGGCAUGUUUGGAAUGCUGAAGAACCAGGGAAAGACCAACUACUGUUUUGACUACAACCCUUCAGAUGAACACAUGGUGGUGGGCCAGAGGGUCAUCCUCUACCCAUGUCACGGCAUGGGUCAGAACCAGUUCUUUGAAUAUUCCACGGAUGGCGAGAUCCGCUAUAACACGAGGGAACCUGCUGGAUGCAUUGUGGGAGACAACAUCAGCACUUACCUGACUGUCCAGCUGUGCAGAAAACGAGGGCAACCUGUACCUGUAGACCAGAAAUUUGUCCUCCGAGAG